AUGGUUAAAGCUGUUGUUGCCGGCGCCUCUGGCGGUAUUGGCCAGCCUUUGUCCUUGCUCCUGAAGACGAGCCCUCAUAUUGAUGAGCUGGCCCUUUACGAUGUUGUCAACACGCCUGGUGUUGCUGCCGAUCUCUCUCACAUCUCUUCAUCUGCGGAAGUCACUGGCUAUCUUCCUGCCAACGACGGCGCCAAGGCUGCCUUCAAGGAUGCUGAUAUUAUCAUCAUUCCUGCCGGGAUUCCUCGCAAGCCUGGCAUGACCCGCGACGACCUUUUCAACAUCAAUGCCGGCAUUGUCAAGGGCUUGAUCGAGACCAUUGCCGAAGUUGCGCCCAAGGCCUUCGUCUUGGUCAUUUCCAAUCCUGUCAACUCCACAGUCCCCAUUUCAGCUGAAGUUUUAAAGGCAAAGAAAGCAUUCAACGCUCAGCGUCUCUUCGGUGUCACCACCCUAGAUAUUGUGCGAGCGGAGACUUUCGUUGCUGGCAUCGUUGGCGAGAAGGAACCCCAGAAGCUUACCAUUCCCGUUGUCGGUGGGCACUCUGGCGAGACCAUUGUUCCUCUGUUGAGCAAGGCCAACCCCAAAGUCAACAUCCCGGCCGACAAGUACGACGCCCUUGUGAAACGUGUUCAGUUCGGUGGCGAUGAGGUUGUGGAGGCGAAGGGCGGAGCCGGAUCUGCCACUCUAUCUAUGGCGUACGCUGGAUUCCGCUUCACCGAGAAGCUCUUACGUGCUGUGAAGGGCGAAAAGAAUCUUUGUGAGCCCAGCUUUGUCUAUCUUCCCGGCGUGCCCGGCGGCGAGGCCAUUGCCAAGGAGACCGGUUGCGACUUCUUCUCUGUUCCCAUCGAACUUGGACCCAACGGUGCCGAGAAAGCCACCAACCCCUUGGGGGAUCUCACCGAGAAGGAGAAGGGGCUUUUAAGCAAGGCUGUUGAGGGCCUGAAAGGCAACAUCAAGAAGGGCAUUGAUUUUGCUCACAACCCUCCCCAAAAGUGA